AUGAAAUUAGUUACUAAAGAAGAAAGAGAGGCUCAUUUCAAUCACAUUCUUACUGAGGCCGGUAAAGGGUUGUUCUACGGGGCAGUUUUAUCCACUGGGAUUUUCUUCUACUUGAAGAAAAGACAUACUGCCAGAUUCAAUACCUUCAACACCAGUAUCAAAACAUGUAUUUUCUGUAUUCCAACCAUCGGGAUGGGUGCUUUAUGGGCAGAUAAUGGUUCUGUUGAGUUCGAUAAGUUGAUGUACUCUUCCGACUACAGUCAAUCCAAAGUCAUGGAAGAACAUCGUGAAUGGGCUGCAAUGUCUACUUCUGACCGUAUUAUCACCGGGUUGAAUUCCCAUAAGUAUAAGAUCAUCUUGGGUGCUUGGGCCGGUUCCUUAUACGGAUCCUGGGUCUUGGUUAACAGAGAUAAAAUCAUGACCACUGCCCAAAAAGCAGUCCAAGCAAGAAUGUACGCUCAAGCCAUUUCUAUUAUCUUGUUAUUAGGUACUAUUGUUUUGGCCAUGAAAGAAGAAGAAAUCAACAAAAGUAAACCACCUCCAAUUCCCGAAUGGAGAAAAGUCUUAAUGCAAAAGGAAGCUGAAGAAAAAGAACUCCUUGAAGAAAUCAAAAGAGCAAAAGCAAAAGCCGAAACCAUCGACAAUAAGUCAAAUUAA